GCUGGCUUGUACCUGUUAUUAUAUUAGGUGUUGGCAGUUGCUCUUCUACUUCCAAUUUUCACUUCUCUGCCUUGAAACUUCUCUCCUAAAAGGUCCUGGCGUCCCGCUGGGGACUUGAAGGGGACGUCUUCGCAGUUCCACUAGAAGGAAUGCUGUUGGCGCACGAUACCUGCUGUCCUCGCGUUUAAUAGUAAAUCCGAAAAACAAACCGAAGAGGCGUUCGGUCAGGUUCAGGAUGGAGGGCUCCAGAGUUGGCCGACUCUCGCCAAGCCGUUUGCUGCCUGUCGAGUGUCUUUCCGCCGAAGCGAAAGCUCCGACUCCGCCGGUCCAGGUGAAGAAACAAGCCGUGAAGCGACACCACCACAAACACAACCUGAAACACCGCUACGAGUUCCUAGAAACACUCGGGAAAGGAACGUACGGCAAAGUGAAGAAAGCUAAGGAGAGAUCCGGCAGAGUGGUUGCCAUUAAGUCCAUCAGAAAAGACAAGAUCAAAGAUGAACAAGACCUGGUUCACAUUCGCAGAGAAAUUGAGAUCAUGUCAUCACUGUGUCACCCGCAUAUCAUUACCAUAUAUGAAGUAUUUGAGAACAAGGAUAAAAUCGUGAUUGUGAUGGAGUACGCCAGCCGGGGGGACUUGUACGACUACAUUUGCGAUAGGAGGCACGUCUCUGAGCGGGAGUCAAGACACUUUUUCAGACAGAUUGUGUCCGCUGUGCACUACUGCCAUCAGAAUGGAAUAGUUCACCGGGAUCUGAAAUUGGAGAAUAUUUUACUAGACGGCAAUGGCAAUGUCAAGAUUGCUGACUUUGGCCUGUCAAACCUUUAUCACAGAGAUGAGUACCUUCAGACAUUCUGUGGUAGCCCGUUGUACGCGUCCCCAGAGAUCGUAAAUGGCCGGCCGUACCGUGGGCCGGAGGUGGAUACGUGGUCUCUCGGAGUGCUGUUGUAUACUAUGGUUCAUGGCACUAUGCCCUUCGAUGGGAACAACCACAAGGCCCUCGUCCAGCAGAUCAGCACCGGAAACUACCGGAAACCAAACAAACCCUCUGAAGCAUGUGGUCUCAUUCGUUGGAUGCUGAUGGUAAACCCUGACCGCAGAGCUACAAUUGAGGAGAUAGCGGCACACUGGUGGCUUAAUUGGGGUUACCAGCAGUCCCUGGUGGCUGAGACAAAGGCCAACCAAGUUGAGGAGACUACGUUGACGUCCUCUCAGUCAACGCAGCACCCGGCCGGGCUGGCCACCGUCGCCAGCUGGCUGCGGCGUACGUCGAGGCCUUUGCUGGAGAACGGCUCCAAGAUGCGCUGUCUGCUCCGCUCGCAAGGUAGUGGCGGAGGCGAUGUGGUGCGCCAACGCUCGCUGCGUAGGUCACGGAAGGAGAAUAAUGUCUCCCAACCAAUCCACGAAGGGGGUACAGACACUCGGCCUUCCAAGGGUAUUUUAAAAAGAAGAAAUAGUGUGAAACAAAAAGUGAUGAGUGAGACCCCUGUUGACGGUUCAGCUGAGCAUCAGAACAUUUUAGGUCUGUCAACCCCAGCCAGUGCCCCCUCCGCUGCAAUGCUACCUCGCAAAGGUAUCCUCAAGAAGUCCACAGAGCAGGAAUCUGGCUACUACUCCUCCUCUCCUGAGAACAGUGAUUCUGGCUGGGUCACCCAAUCCAAAGAAUGCCCCUCAGCAUCAACACACAGGAAAGGCAUCCUCAAGCGAAACGGAAAAUUCUCCUCUGGGGGGCUGCAGGAGUUUGGCUCAUUGGAUCAGCUGGUGGUUUCAUUACCCAGCAGAGGCGCCAGGGUGAGAUCAAGCGGCGCCAUCAGCGAAGACAGCAUUUUGUCCUCAGAAUCGUUUGACCAGCUGGAUCUUCCAGACUGUGUCGGACUUCCAGCAGGCACAGAAAAAGCUGUCAGGCCCACCAUGAGAGGAUGUGUGUCUGCUGACAAUCUGCUGGACAUUCAAGAAGAUGGCAUUCUUGGAGCUGGGCUGCAGAGGCAGUGGAACUGCUAUGAGGCCGGAGUGGCUGACAGUGCCUUCUCCAUUACAGACUGUGAUAAUGUGACUGAGGCUUACAAGCAGGCCUUGAUUAUUCACAGUCCUGCUCCAAGCUGAACACCACUGAAGAUUUUGUCUCUAUCCCGCAUGGCCAGAGCGCAUUGUGACAAUAUAUCAGCGCACUGUAGACAUCAUCUUAGUGGCCAACCACACGAAUUGCACACACCAAAAAAGGGAAGCGUAAGAGAUACUUAUUGGCUUGGUAAGGUUUAUAAAAAAAAAAAAAAAAAAAAAAAAAAAAAAAAAAAAAGUUGUAAAAAUGCAAGUUGGAGUCUCAGGUGCUCAAACUAUGCAUCAUCAAAACAUCACCCUAAACCAAAACACCUUGAAUGUAAUUAUUUGUAUAACAUCAGUGCCUAUUAUAUAACCAGUUUUUUUUUUUUUUUCCACUCAGGCAGUUGGAAAAGUAUUUAUGGCUUCAUGGCGCUUUUAUCAUUUGACAUCAUUGUCAGUUAGGUUCAACUUGAGUAUUGCUUUUCUCAAUUACUCUGUUGCAGCUUUUCCUGCAUUUUAUGAUACAAGCAAACGACAACAUUUCGUGAUGCCAAAGAGCGCUCUUGUUAACACUGGUGGACCCUUUUGUCUUUAUUUAAGAUUGCACAAACACUUAGGACAGGGAUCUUGGUCGUUAUUUACAAUCCAUGUUUCUCUUGAAAUGAUGUGGUCCAAGUUUGACCGAUAACUUGAAUAACAACUUAACACACUGACGCAUAACGAGCCUUACCUGUUGAACCUGCUGUAACACCCAAAUUUACGCUAGUGCACAGGUAGAUUCUGUCUUUCAACUGAUAACGUUUUCCAGUCACAAUCCAAGAAAAACACCAGCAUCUGUUUGAAGUAAACUGUGAGCUUGAUUAGCUAAAUGUUAAUGUGUAACUGCUGAAGUAAAUGAUGGUGCUUGGGUGUCUUUGGUUUACAGCUCAGGUCUUCCAAUGUUAUUUGGAAAUACUACUGGAAAUUUGCUAAAGCUAGAUAAAAAGUUAUAUUCUCCCUCUCUUAUCUUACAUGCACAUGCCAUUUACAAAAAAACUGUGAACAGGCAUGUCCAUACAGCAUAACGCUAUUCAAAUACUUGUUAAAUAUUUGGCGGAUAUGCUUUGGGGUUUUUCCAAUGACAUCCACGGUGGUGGAAAAAAAAAAAAAAAAAAGACGUGUUUGUGUCGACAAUUCACACUGGAAUUCUUGACAUUACUUGCUGAAUCAUAACAGAGAAUAAAAUCAAAAAGUGGCAAGUUGUAACAUAACAUCUGAUAAAUUGAGUGAAAUUACUUUAUCACUUUCAUGUAAAAAAAAAAAAAGACGCCCAGAAUCCAGAAC